AUAUAUAUAUAUAUAUACAGGUGAAACUAAAAUGAGUGAGCUACCAGAAUCCACCUUAUAUAGGAUUCAAGUGGACGCGGCGAAACUGCCUGUAAGUAGUUACAAGCGCCGAGGUUUAACCUACGCGACCUUCCAACCUUUUGAGGUACUAGAUGACGCUGCUGAUUUGAGUAACAAUCAGUUGAACUGGACAAACCUGUUCCUUUGGAACAAGUUCGGCAAGAGUUUGAGCGCUGCUGAUGCAGAAGCUGCCAAACUAAUACAGACAAUAAAAACAAUAGACGACAAAACGCUUGCCCAGCUCAAGAACAUGGCCAAAACUCUGUCUGAUGACUUUUCUGAGGUGAAGAAAAUGAUUGAAGAAAUGAAAGACGACUCUUCUGAUCUCACCAAACUUCAAACUGUUGUUCAGAACGUUCUUCACACCAACAACUAUGAAGCUAAAUUCUAUAAGAUCGAGGCUAGACUUGACAGUCUGGAGAAAUCUGUUGAGGAUAUCAACAAUCUCACUAAAAAGAUUGCUCAGAGGUUUGGAAUAAUAUAGCUUAAGUGUACAUGCAC